AUGGACGGAGAGAUGGAUGAGACAGAAGACCAGCCAGCCUCCGUUACCCCGGAGCUGGUGGGCAGCAAUGGCGCGUCUUAUCGACCCCGCAGCUAUCAGCUGGAGAUGCUUGAAACAAGCCUACAACAAAAUAUAAUCGUCGCAAUGGAUACAGGGAGUGGGAAAACUCACAUAGCGGUUCUGCGCAUUAUUGCAGAGUUGGAACAAUGCGAUCCUAAAAAGAUUGUGUGGUUUCUGGCUCCCACCGUGGCACUGUGCCAGCAACAGCACGAGGUCAUCGCUUCGCAGAUCCUAUCAGUCAAGACUCGGGUUCUUACAGGCCUUGAUAAUGUAGAUCGCUGGACUGAUCAGGCAGUCUGGAAUACGGCUCUGAAAGAAAUCCGUGUUGUGGUCUCUACUCAUGCAGUUCUCGCAGAUGCUCUCGGCCAUGGAUUUGUGCGCAUGUCACAGUUGGCUCUCAUUAUUUUCGACGAAGCCCAUCAUUGUGUGCGUAAGCACGCGGCUAACAGAAUUAUGCAAGAUCACUACCACCCCAGACGGAAGGCAUUUGGCCCGCAUGCAGUUCCACGAAUCCUUGGAUUGACGGCGAGUCCGAUUGUCCGAUCUAGUCAUCAAGAGUUACAAACAAUUGAAUCAAAUUUGGACGCCGUAUGCAAAACCCCCCGUACCCACCGGGCCGAGCUUCUUGAGCAUGUCCAUAGGCCUUAUUUGGAGGGAAUCAACUACGUGCCUCUAAAAGAAGAACACCGAGGCUUUGGAAGCCGACUUCUCAUGCCAUUGAAGCUUUGCGUUCAGUCUUUCGACCUGAGGUAUGAUCCAUACAUCGAGGAGCUUCGCGAGAAACCGGACACACAGGAGCAAGCAGAUAAGGUGUUGAAAACCGGGAAAACAUUUUGCAGCGAGUCACUCAAGAAAUUUCUCGAUCGAAGCAUUUAUAUCUAUGAUGAACUCGGUGGGUGGGCAACGGACUACUUUAUCAUGGCCUCGAUUGAAGUGCUGCAGCAGUCCAUUGAACAUGAUACCUCAUUGACGAGACUUGAUCGUGUGGAGCGAGUAUUUCUCCUUGAGCUUCUCCAUGGAAUCGGAAUUUUCAAGGAUUUCACUGAGAGCUUUCACCUAUCUCCAAAGCUUGAGACCUUGAUCACCUUUUUGGAAAGGAUGGACCGACCUGCAUUCUCUGGCUUGAUAUUUGCUAAAAGGAGAGACACUGUCACUGUAUUGACUCGUAUCCUUUCACUGCACCCAUCCACCAAAGACCGUUUCCGAUCUGCAUCCUUUGUUGGGUGGUCAAGUACCACUCACCACAAGUGGACCCUCGGUGACCUUCUCCGUCAGGAUAUGCAGAAGAAUACCCUCUCCGAAUUUAGGGCUGGUCGGAAGAACCUAAUAGUCUCGACUGAUGUUUUGGAAGAAGGAUUAGAUGUCAGCGCAUGCAGCUUGGUAGUAUGCUACGACGAGCCAGCGAAUCUGAAGUCUUUCGUCCAGCGCCGUGGACGUGCUCGACACCCAGACUCGACAUACGCCGUCAUGAUACCCAAGGGUGAGAACUCGCUAGACCUGAUGCGCAAAUGGCAAGAACUGGAAAAAGCUAUGGUUGAAGCAUAUCUUGAUGAUCAGAGGCGAUGUCGCGAAGCCUGGGAACUCGAGAAAGCCGACGAGGUGGUCACAGGUUAUCUUUUCGUGCAGUCAACACAUGCUCGUCUCUCCGCGGAGGAUGCAAUGCAACACUUGCACCACUUCUGCAACGUGCUACCCAUCAGUGAACAUGUUGACAACCGUCCAAUGUUCUCGUUUGAAGAGGAUGCCAGUGGUCUCGUUCGAGGUACCGUCACUCUUCCCAACUGCGUUCACCCAGCAGUACGUCGGGCACAAGGCAAGGCAUGGUGGCGAACAGAACGGGCAGCGGGAAAAGAGGCUGCCUUCCGUGCAUACGAAGCCCUCCAUAAAUAUGGACUGGUGAACGACAAUCUACUACCCCUCCGACGGAAGACCGAGCUUCGAUUUGCUGAAGAAGAGAAGAUACCGGCCAUCGUGAAAGCCUCAGCACAAUAUGAUCCCUACGUGGAGUUGGCCCACAUCUGGCAAACCACUCACCCUCAGCUUUACAAGUCCACGAUAGUGGUGAAGAAUCGCGACACCGGAGUGAUAAAUGAAGAUCUGUCAAUGUCGAUCAUUCUACCCAAGUCAACACCCAUGCCAGACCCUAUCAAUAUCUACUGGGAAAGCGAUCUUACCCUGGUGGCCACAUUCACUACACCGAAGCUCUUCGAUGGAGCCUCGAUAGAGACCAUCAAAGCUAUCCAAGAUAUCACUGCCAUCUAUCUCCAAGCUCCUAGCUCCCGCGUGCAGCCAGCCACCCGAGACUAUGUGGCGCUUUUUGCUCCAAAUAUUCCCCAUGAGCAAUUCAAGGAUUGGAUUGAUAGAUACGAUGGAUCGGAGCAGGCUGUUGACGUACAUGCUCGAGAUGCUUUGACGCCACCAAUUGGUAUUAUCCGCGACAGGGCCAAGUUCAGUGAACCUCGACUAUUCAGAAAAUGGCUAGAACCAGACGACACCAAACGUGGAUUGGAAAUUGAAUGCCGUUCCAUUCCAAAACGACGCAACUUCUUGCAAAUUGGAAGUAUUCCGGUCCCUGGUGAAGACGGGGAGCCUGUUCUCAAGGUCGCAGCUCCAAUGCCAGCAGGCGGCUGUACUAUUGACAAACUCCCCGCUUCAAAGGCCAUGUUUGGGCUUUUGGUCUCGGCUCUCCUGGACAGAUUUGAAGCAACUUCCGUGGCGCUUAGGCUGAAUGAGACGAUUCUCAAGAGCGUUGGGAUACAAAAUCUGCGCCAUGUUCUUACAGCAAUAACGACGCCGAUCGCACAAGCGGAUACUCAUUAUCAGCUGUACGAAUUCUUCGGAGACUCCGUUCUGAAGUUCACGGUUGGCUGCCAUCUCUUCUUUGAAAAGCCCAAGUGGGACGAAGGAUUAUUAUCCGAAUACAGGGACAAGCUGAUCAAGAAUCAACACCUCGCGCGGGCCGCUCUAGAGACAGGGUUGGACAGCUUCAUUCUGGUCAACCGCUUCACGCCUCGCAAAUGGAAUGCUCCCAGAGUUGGCGAAAAGACAACAUACGAACCGAAGAAACGCAAUCUCGCGAUGAAGGUACUGGCAGAUGUGGUUGAAGCCUUGAUCGGAGCAGCAUACAUCGACGGCGGUAUGCACAGAGCACAAGCUUGUCUCCAUCGAUUCCUCCCAGAUAUCACUCAUUUCACCAGCGACAUUUCAUCUGCCCUUGAGCCCUCCGAUCGAGGAACCAGCAACCUGGUUGAUUCUCAUCGUCUGGCCCCUCUGCUUGGAUACACCUUUAAGGACGCUUCUCUCUUGACGGAAGCUUUGACACACCCAUCCUGUCAAUACGACGCAACCACGCAAUCCUACCAACGCCUUGAAUUCCUUGGCGAUGCCGUCCUAGACAUGGUGGUUGUCUCGGUGCUUGCUCACCACCCCGACAACCUCUCCCAGGGCGCAAUGACUCUCAUUAAGCACGCAGUAGUCAACGCAAACCUGCUCGCCUUCCUCUGCAUGGACCUAGCAGCACCAGAAGAAAGCACGGAUCUAGCCCAAACCCCCAAUGGAAGCGCCAAAUUCACCCCCCGACACGACAAGAUCUAUCUCUGGCGCUUCCUCCGCACCCACGGAGGUGUCAUCGAACCCCUGCUCGACGGCUCCAUCAAACGCUACCAAGCUCUCAGCGACCAAAUUCGAUAUGCCCUCGCACACGACACCCAUUACCCCUGGGAACUAUUCGCCAGCCUCCGAGCCGACAAGUUCAUCUCAGACAUCGUCGAAAGCACGCUCGGCGCAAUGUUCAUUGAUUCCCAGGGCAACCUGGACCAAUGCUACGCAUUUGCCGAGCGGAUCGGACUCCUGACGUUCUUGAGACGAGUGAUAUCCGAUAACGUCAACGUGCAGCAUCCGCGCAACGCGGCGCAGAAUAUGGUCCAAGCGUCAGGAACUUUGGUGUUCAAGACUAAGCGAGUUGAAAAGAAGGUCUCAGGGGUUGUUACUGCGACAUAUCAGAGCACGGCGGUUCACAAUAAGAAGGAGAUUGCUUUGGUAGAGGGGUGUGGGUCAGCUGAGGAGGCUGAGGUGAAGGUUUCGCACCUUGUUAUUGCGAGGCUGAAAGAGCAGAAUGGGGAUGCUAUGGAGUGA